CCACUCAUGAAGAACGAUUCACAGAGAUCCCAAAGUUCUGAUGACGUCAACAGCAAUUUAUGGAAAGGGAUGAGGAAUAUUGCGUUUACGUUAAUGGAGAAUGCGUCACAGGACGCAGAGGAAGUGGACGCUGCAGCAUCCGUUGACGUCACGGAAGGCGUCGAUUGUAAACUAGGACGCAUACAAAUAGGAUUAAGUUACGAUUUUCAGUCUUUAACAUUAACUUUAAAAGUGAUUCAAGCGAAAGACUUAGUGGCAAAGGAUUUUACGGGAACAAGUGACCCUUACGUGAAAAUUUUACUUUUACCUGAUAAAAGACACAAGUUAGUGACAAAAGUGAAGAAAAAAAACCUUAACCCACGCUGGAAUGAGAGUUUUCUGUUCGAAGGUUGGCCUCAUAACAAAUUGUUAGAGAAGACAAUAUAUCUACAAGUUAUAGACUAUGACCGGUUUAGUCGUGAUGAUCCUAUCGGUGAAACUUACAUUCCUCUUAAUGAAGUAGAUCUCUCACAGUCUCCCAUCAUGUGGCGGUACCUUCAGCCAUGCAAGGACAGCAGGGGAAAACUGGGAGAAAUUCUACUGUCAUUAAGUUACCAGCCAGCUGUAGGCAGAUUGAAUAUUAUAGUAAUGAAAUGUAAAGAUCUCAAAGCCAAAGACAUAACGGGAGCUUCAGAUCCCUAUGUCAAGCUCUGGUUAAAAUUCGGAAACAACCGUAUAGAGAAAAAGAAAACAUCAAUUAAGAUGCGAACUCUAAACCCAGUAUACAAUGAGUCGUUCUUUUUUGAAAUUCCUUGGGAAAAAAUCCGGGAAGCUGCAAUAGAAGUAAUUGUGAUGGACUUUGAUAAAGUGGGAAGGAACGAAAUGAUUGGAAAAAUUGUGUUAAGCAGCAAGAGUGGUCCCUUGGAGACAAGACAUUGGAACGACAUGAUAACAAAGCCUCGCCAACAAGUCGCUCAGUGGCAUUUACUUAAAGACUGACAAAGGCUAAGGUUUAGAAUAUUAUAAAUUCUUUGUUUAACAAAAUAACAUUGUGUUUUGUUGAUAGAAUAUUUAACAUUGCAAAUUUUUUAAGAUAUUGUCAUUUUAUAUGAUUAGUGAUCUGUAAAAUUUGAUUUUAAGAUCUCACAAGAUGGGUUGCAAAGAUGGCGACGUUGUCAAAGAUGAUGCGAUAAAUAAUGCAAUCUUUCAUCAAUGUGUUUCAUUUUAUUGUUUUGAAAAGUAUAUUUAAUAAAUUCUUGAACUCCAUUUUGUCAUAGAAA